AUGAAACUUUGGACAUCUUCCUGGGUGUCUUGCCUGGUGAUUCUCAUCUUGUGUUUCGGAUCAGAGUGCGGGACAGUCCGGAGAAAGGGGAGAUCCAAGAGGGAGUUGGUGCGCAUUAGUGAGGCGAAAGCCACCAUCCCAGGGGCUUGUGCCACACGUCUGCCCCGGGGCAAACGCUCUUUGCCCGGCUUAGAGCGACGGGUGAUUCGCCAGCGUCGGCGCUCCUCUCAGGCGGAGGAAAACUCUCCAGAUCGGGGGAAAGCUGUCUAUUUUACCGGCAGGGGAGAUCAGCUACGACUGAAGCCUGGCGUGGAGAUACCCAGAGGAAAUUUCACUCUGGAGAUGUGGAUCAAACCGGAGGGAGGUCAACGAUCACCCACAGUGAUUGCAGGCCUGUACGACAAAUGUUUCUACGCCUCCAGUGAUCGAGGCUGGCUGCUUGGCAUCCAGGCGGUUAGUGAACACGGGAAUCGUGACCCCCGCUUCUUCUUCUCCCUUAAAACUGACCGUGCCCACAAAGUGACCUCCAUCCACUCCAACGCUCGCUAUGUACCCAACCAAUGGGCACAUGUGGCCGUCACAUAUGAUGGCGUGUACAUGAAGCUCUUUGUCAAUGGCGCCCAAGUCGGCGUCAGUCGGGAGCAAUCGGGCGAUGUCUUCAGCCAUUUGACCAAAAAGUGCAAAGUGCUGAUGAUUGGGGGCAAUGCACUGAAUCAUAAUUACAGGGGGGCAGUGGAGAGAGUGGGCUUAUGGAGGCAGGCCAGAGGGCAGAGGCAGAUUGUCAGGGAUAUGCAGGGCCAUGAGGACCCCCAAGAUCUACCUCAGCUGGUCAUACGUGAAACAUUCAAGCACCCAGGUCGGAAGUGGCUGACUGUAAAAGAUGGUAGCUUUCCUCAGCCUGAGCAGGGGGUAGGUGGACGAUUAGGGUUUCUGGGUGGUGGUGGAGUUAUUUCUGAGGGAUUAUUAGACACAACGCUGGACCCUCCAACUUGUGGUCAAACUGUCUGUGACAAUGUUGAGGUCAUCAAAAACUACAACAAUCUUUGGACCUUCCGUCGGCCCAAGAAAGUACGAUAUCGUGUUAUAAAUGUUUGGGAUGAUGCACAGAUGAGGCCAACUGUAUCAGACCACCAGAUCAGCCUGCAGCACCAGCAGCUAAAUGAUGCCUUUAGUCCCUACAAUAUCACCUGGGAGCUUAGCAUUCACAACGUGUCCAAUUCUUCCCUUCGAAGCCGUUUGAUUCUAGCUAACUGUGAUAUCAGCAAAGUUGGCGAUGAUGCAUGUGACCCAGAAUGCAACCAUCCACUGACAGGGUUCGAUGCAGGUGACUGCAUGUCUGGGCAUCGGAGCCGUUGCCCUGAGCACAAGCAGGGGAAUGGGGUAUGUGACCCUGAAUGUAACUGGGAGAACUUCUUCUAUGACCUUGGUGACUGCUGCAACCCCAAUGUGACGGAUGUGACCAAAACAUGCUUCAACCGCUCGUCUCCACACAAAGCCUAUUUGGAUGUCAAAGAGCUGAAAGAGAUUUUGCAUUUGGAUGGCUCGACUCACCUGAAUGUCUUCUUUGCCAAUUCUUCUGAUGAAGAUCUGGCAGGGGUUGCCACUUGGCCCUGGGACAAAGAGGCCCUCACACAUUUGGGUGGCAUUGUGCUGAAUCCUUCCUUCUAUGGUACAUUUGGUCACACUGAUACAAUGGUCCAUGAGAUCGGUCACAGUCUUGGGCUUUAUCACGUAUUUCGAGGUAUAUCAGAGAUCGAGUCGUGUAAUGAUGCAUGUUUAGAGACUGAGCCCUCAAUGGAGACUGGUGAUCUGUGUGCGGACACCAACCCCACUCCCAAAUACAAAGGCUGCCACGAUCCUGAACCGGGCAACGAAACCUGUGGAUGUCGGCAUUUCACACACACACCGUUUAACAACUACAUGAGUUAUGCAGAUGAUGCCUGUACAGACUCCUUCACGCUGAACCAGGUUGCUAGGAUGCACUGCUACCUGGAUCUCAUCUACCAGACCUGGCAACCCGCCUCUAAACCUCCUCCAGUGCCAAUGUCACCCCAAGUGGUUGAGCAGCAUCAUAAUUCCAUCACCCUGGAAUGGUUUCCACCGAUUUCUGGACACUUUUACGACAGAGAAGUGGGAUCAGUGUGUGAUAAAUGCACUGAGGGGAGAGUUCUACUGCAGUAUGCCACCAACUCCUCCUCCCCACGGCCAUGUGCCCCUUCUGGACACUGGUCCCCACGAGAGGCUGAAGGCCCUCCAGAUGUGGAGCAGGCUUGUGAGCCAAGUGUGCGCACCUGGAGCCCCAAUGCAGGGAUUGAGCAAGGUGUUGUCGGCCUGUCGGAGUGCCCUCUCCAGGGCUGCAUGCUUCAACUAGAGUUCCCCUACCCGCUGAUACCAGACUCCCUGACUGUGUGGGUCACCUUCUUCAGCCCUGAGGAAACAGCACUGCCAGCUAUCCAUAACAUCUUGCUACUGACUGUCAGUGGGAACAACAUUUCAUUGGGUCCCAGUAAUGUCUUCUGUGACACCCCACUGACUUUAAAGCUGGAUAUAGAGGAAGAGGUGUAUGGGGUACAGUUUUUUACUAUGGAACAACACCUAGAGAUUGAUGCCACCCUCUUGGCAUCCAAGCCAGACUGCAUAUUUUGUAGGCAUUGCCAACCAUUACGCUAUCGCCUGUUGCGUCAACCACCCUUCACCCAUGCACCACAUGGUCUAAGGUUGAAUGAACCUACCCGCCGAUAUACAGACAGGGAUGUGGCGCCACAUGUUGUGUACACCUACCAGGUCCAAACAAUCUCCAGCCGUAGUGAAAGUGAGCCUUCCCCACCUCUGGUACACGAUCUGGGGGCACCCUACUGUGGGGAUGGACGUAUCCAGAGUUCCAAAGGAGAGGAAUGUGAUGAUAUGAACUCUAUGAAUGGGGAUGGCUGCUCCACUCAGUGUAAGAAAGAGCCCUUCUUCAACUGUGUUGAGGAGCCAAGCACGUGUUACUACUAUGAUGGCGAUGGGGUAUGUGAGGACUUUGAGCGAGAGACUGGCGUGAGAGACUGUGGCCUUUACACCCCCAAUGGUUUCCUUGACCAGUGGGCCUCCACUGUCGAAGUUUCCCAUGAGGAGAAGCCCUACUGCUCUGGUGAGGUAGCUGCCGGAUACCCUGCUGUUACUAAGACUUGUCAGUCCAAGGUGUUUGAUCUAUCAGAUGGAGUGUCCCAGUAUGCAUGGUUCCCCUGUAGUGAGGCUCAUGAGCCAACCUGGGGCUAUCCUAACUAUUGGCUCAAGGCCCACUUUUCUCAUCCCAUGGUGGCAGCAGCAGUGAUUAUACAUCUGGCUGCUGAUGGUACUGGCUACCUUGACCAGACUCAGUGUAACAUCACUGUGCAGCUGGUGGACACCAAGGAGGGCAUCCAUAGUCUAGGUGAGUGGCGUCUCAGCUGCCGCACCAACCCUUUGGUGAUCCCAGUGAGCCAUGACCUGUCAGUGGCCUUCUACCACACCAAGGCUAUCCUGGUCAUGUUUGCCUCUCGCCUUGUGGCCCUCUCCGGAGUAGGCCUGCGCUCCUUCCAGUCCUUCGACCCUAUCACGAUAAGUGGUUGCCAGAGCAAUGAGAUCUACAACCCCACAGGCCAGAGUUGUGUACAUUAUUCGUGCGAAGCCAUCGACUGCCAGGAACCCUUAAUCCGCAAUGCAGAGCUCAAGUGCAGUAGCCCUGGCCGCCACUUCUACAAUGGAGACCGCUGCACCAUCUACUGCAACUCUGGAUAUGUCCUGCAAAUCCACCAGGAUGAUGACAUCAUCAAAAGCCAGUCAGACUCUUCAGUGACUAUAACCUGUGCAAAUGGGAAGUGGAACAAACAGGUGUCCUGUGAGCCUGUGGACUGUGGUCUGCCAGACAAAUACCAUGUUCAUCCUGCCCAUUUCAACUUCCCUGAGGGCACCACCUACGGCAAAAAGAGCACCUUUCAGUGUCGAGAACCUGCCCAGCUCGUAGGUACAAACAACACUCUUACCUGCCUAGAAGAUGGCCUCUGGUCCUUCCCGGAGGCUCUUUGUGAGCUUCGCUGCCCAGCCCCUCCUCCUGUACCCAAUGCUGUGCUGCAGACCAAGCGCUGCAACGAGACUGGCCUCAAUGUGGGCACCCUCUGCAAGUACAAGUGCAAGCCAGGCUACCAUGUCACCAACAAACCUAAGAGGCGUUCAUUUAGGCGCCAGUGCACAGAGGAUGGCAGCUGGCUAGAGGGGGCAUGCGAGCCAGUGACUUGUGAUCCACCACCUCCAAUCUUCCACGGCUCCUAUCACUGUACUGAUGGCUUCCGCUUUGACAGUGUCUGCAGACUCAACUGCUCUGAUCCUGCCGGUAAUACUGCUAACGCCGCCACAGGAGGCUCUGCCCAUACGGUGAGGCUGCUGCACGCUCCAUGCAAGCAGGGUGCAGGGUCCAAUGUGAUCCGCUGUAGAAAGGAUGGAAACUGGACAGGGUCGUUCCGGCUAUGCCAACACAGCAAAGGCCAGUGUUCUUUACCUCAAAACCUCCAUUAUAGCCUACAGUACUCAUGCAAGCGAGGACACGGCAUAGGUGAGGAGUGUGAGUUGACGUGCAGAGAGGGUAACAGCGACGUGGUGAUCCUCCCAAGCAACAUGACCGUAGAAAGUGUACUUAAAGAACACUGGAGGAACCCGCACAAAGUCAAGAGUAUAGUCUGUACAAUGGGACUGAAAUGGUAUCCACACCCAGAAUUGCUCCACUGUAUCAAAGGAUGUGAGCCAUUCAUGGGAGACAACUACUGUGAUUCGGUCAACAACAGAGCCUUCUGUAACUAUGACGGAGGAGACUGCUGCCAAUCCACUGUCAAGACCAAAAAGGUGAUUCCAUUCCCCAUGUCCUGUGACAUACGGGAUGAGUGCUCCUGUCGGGAUCUGAAUGCUAUAGAGAACAGAAAGGAUGAACAUGUCUAUUCCCUGGGGUGACCAACCUGAGGAGGGACCUCUGUUCAGCGUCCCAGGACCCUUGCUCCAACACGACACAGCCAGAGUGGCCGAGGCAGACCCCUCCUUCAUCCUCUUCUCGGCCUCCAAUUUCCUGCCUGCUGCUUAACAGGCAUACCUCUCCAUUCAUACUGCAACCCCAACCAGUUGAAAUGCCUCUGCCUCCACAUCACAGAAAGAUCUAGAAUAGAGGAUGAGACUCAUGAGACUCCACAGAAAACUUCAUUUCUCAGCUAAAAGGAAAGUAACCCUGCAAUAUCAUUUAAAAAAAAAACAUAUAUAGUAAGGAGAAAAAACAAACAUGAAACAGACUUUUUUUUUUCAAGAAGAAAACAAACAAAACCUAAACAAAAACAUAACCAAGCCUAGGUUGCAUGCCUUUUGUUCAGUUUUGUGCUGGCUUUGGUGUCUAUUUUAGUGACCUUGCUCUACAAUCACAUGAUUGAACCAAAAGUAAAUCAAAAUGUGCAAGUGGGGGAUUAUGUUGAUGUUGGCUCUGUGUUUUGCAAAUAUGAAGGAAAUCAAGACAAAUGUUAAAAAAAUAAUCCUCAAACACUUUGAAGGCAUGUUCAACAUUUUUUCUGGGGGGCUAGACAAUUGUGCUUAUAUCAUUCCUGGUCUCAUACAGGUCAGACAUCCUGACUCUCGAUGUCCUUUUCAGUAAAGUGUUUCUUCAUAGGCACAUCAGAGGCUAUAGAGGUUAUUCCUAGCUUGGUGAGGAAUGAGACAGCCAUAUUGUUUUAAGCCACAGAUUCAACACAAAAGCCAAAAUAAAAUGCACAUAAACACACACAAAAAAUGGCAACUAAUUGUUGACCAACCACACACACAAUUUCCUAAGACAAUUUUAUACUUAGAUCAAAAUCCUGAAUGCAUAAUUAAAGCAUUUUU